ACCGCAAUAAAACAAAGAAGAAGAAGCAGAAGAAGAAGAAGACGAAGAACCGCAUCGUCCAUCUUCUGGGAGUCAGCAGCCAUCUAAUCUAACAUAGAACGCGAGAAGAACAAACAUUAGCCACUAUGGGAGCCGUUCUGGGACUGUGCUCCAUGGCGAGCUGGAUCCCAUGCCUGUGCGGCAGUGCACCCUGUCUGCUGUGUCGAUGCUGCCCCAGUGGAAAUAACUCCACAGUGACUCGCCUGAUCUACGCCUUCUUCCUGCUGCUGGGAGUGGGUAUUGCGUGUAUUAUGUUGAUGCCCGGCAUGGAGGGGCAGCUUAAGAAGAUUCCAGGUUUCUGUGAAGGAGGAAUGGGUUCGUCUAUUCCUGGCGUGGAGGGACACGUUAACUGUGAUGUGCUGGUUGGCUACAAGGCUGUGUACCGUAUUUGCUUCGGCAUGGCCAUGUUCUUCUUGCUCUUCUCUCUGCUCAUGAUCAAAGUGAAGAGUAGCCAGGACCCCCGAGCUGCUCUGCACAAUGGGUUUUGGUUCUUUAAGUUUGCUGCAGCUGCUGCCAUCACUAUUGGAUCCUUUUUCAUCUCAGAAGGUCCCUUCACUACCGUGUGGUUCUAUGUUGGCAUGGCAGGAGCCUUCUGCUUCAUCCUCAUCCAGCUGGUUUUGCUCAUCGACUUUGCCCAUUCCUGGAAUGAAUCGUGGGUGGAGAAGAUGGAAGAGGGCAACUCUCGCUGCUGGUAUGCAGCUCUGCUGUCCGUCACCACAGUGAACUACUUAUUGUCUCUGGUAUCUCUGGUCAUGUUCUACAUCUACUACACCCACACUGAUGGUUGCACUGAGAACAAGGUCUUCAUCAGCAUCAACAUGCUCCUCUGCAUCGCUGCCUCCGUCAUGUCUAUUCUGCCUCAGAUCCAGGAGUCACAGCCCAGGUCUGGGCUGCUGCAGUCCUCCCUGGUUACCCUGUACACCAUGUACCUGACCUGGUCUGCUAUGACCAAUGAGCCUGACAGGAAAUGUAACCCGAGUCUUCUGGGUAUUAUCGGGCUGAACAGCACCAGUCCCACAGGUUCGGACCAUGUGGUUCAGUGGUGGGAUGCCCAGGGGAUUGUGGGACUGAUACUUUUCCUCAUGUGUGUCCUCUACUCCAGUAUUCGGAAUUCCUCCAACGCCCAGGUGAACAAGCUGACUCUGACCAGUGACGAGUCUGCACUGAUCGAGGAUGGGCCUCAGACUGACGGCUUUGAGGAGGGCAGCGGCCUCAGCAGAGCUGUGGACAAUGAGAGGGAAGGCGUCACCUACUCCUACUCCUUUUUUCACUUCAUGCUGUUCCUGGCAUCACUCUACAUCAUGAUGACGCUUACCAACUGGUACAGCCCCGACUCCAAUUAUGAGGCCAUGACCAGUAAGUGGCCGUCUGUGUGGGUGAAGAUCUCCUCCAGCUGGAUCUGCAUCGCCCUCUACGUUUGGACGCUGGCAGCUCCGCUGGUUCUGGUCAACAGAGACUUUGACUGAAACGCACAACGCUCGAACACCAACCUUCAUACUCUGCCUCACCUGUGUUUAGUUUCAGCAAUUAGUAAAACAGUAGGUCUCUAACCGUGCAUCACUCACUCCUGGAGGGGCCGGGGCUACACUCACAUUGGCUGGAUUGUUUCGGGACUGUUUAGUUUGGUGGUUGUGGCCUAUGUGUGUCGUGCGUUGGGGCUAAUGAACAAAGAGCCAAACAGGCUGUUUAAAUGUGUCCAGUCCCAGGUGACUGCAGCCCAGUCUCUUCUGGUGUAAUGUCAUUAUGAGUCCUCAGCAGCCUGCUGUAGUGGUUCCCCAUGCUGUUGCCAUUGUAUAUAUAUCCUGUGUAUUACUAGUGCUGACUGUGUUUUCUUCCUAUAAAGACAGAGCUGCAUGCAUUUCUUUUUAAAACUUGAUGUGACGAUGUCUGAUGGAUGGAGUUGUGUAUGAGCAGUGGCACUGAGAGGAGAGCAGCUCGUAGUUCACUUACUGGUACCAUUACCAGGCGCACACGUGUGGUAUUCUAGUUAUCAUGUUUAAAGCUCUACCAGCUGUGUGUCUCUUCUGCAGCUUGCACAUACACAAAAAAAUCCUGUUGCUUCUGAUUUGCAUUGACUUUUGACUUCAAAUGUAAACUAGAAUUAAUUCUUUGAUAAGUUAUUUGGUAGUGUUUUAUCAUUAGCAUGUAGUUCCUCACAGAUUUAGCAGACAUCGUAGCUAUACAUUUUGUUUGUCUAACCUGUGCUUUUAUCCUAAUGGUAAUCCCUUGACAUGUAAGUGUAUUUUAAGUCGUUUAAUAAAACCAAGGAAAAUAA